AUGGCCUUUGAAAUCCAUUUCAAUGGAUGGCACCACCCACGACAGAAAUGGGUUAGGUGGGUUGAUCAACUUCAACUCAAAUAUGAAACAGUGUGGAAGAAAGUUGGUAUCUUUGAAGCUAUUAUGAGCACCAAGUGUCACAUAAAUAAAUAUCAUGAAUUGCUAUAUGGGAUUGUGGAGAAAUGGUGUUGUGAGACAAAUACAUUUGUGUUUCCAUUUGGUGAGGCAACAAUUACUUUGGAGGAUGUUAUGGUUUUGGCGGGUUACCCUGUUCGUGGUGAUCCUGUUUUCGUUUCACUUGAAGAACAAGAAUUGAGAGAGGUAGAAGAGAAAAUGAUCCUUGCAAGACAGCAGAUUAGUACUAAAAAAGGUAGUCAGGCGAGAACAACAUUGUGGAUGGAUAUUUUCAUUGAUAAAGGUAGUGAAAUUGAACAUGAAGCAUUCCUUGCUACUUUGCUGUCAGUUCUUGUUUUUCCUCAUAGAAUUUUGGUGAAAAGAUCUUUGUUUCCUAUUGAUGUUCAUCUUGGUAGAGGAAAUCCAAUUGCUUUGGCACCAGCUGUUUUAGCUAGCAUAUAUAGGGAUUUAACUUUGUUUAAGAAAACAAUUGUUGAUUUGUCAAAAUUUCCUGCUGGUAGUUAUAGAUAUCCUCUAGAAAUUACCCUUCCAUCACCAUUUUACUUGGUUCAAAUUUGGGUGUGGGAGAGGUUCAAAAACUUACAACCACAGCCCAUGUUGAUCAACCAUGGAGACCCUUUAUUAUUUAGGUGGGAUAAGGUCAAGGCCUUGAAAAUUGACAGUGUUAAGUUGGCAUUAGACUCGGCUACCAAUGAGUUUGUUUGGCGACCAUAUGUUAGAUAUUCUGAUAACUAUGGAAUGUUUUAUCCAAAUGAUGAAAUUUGGAUACCAUUUAAGAAAGAUUUGGUGAAUGACCAAAUGCUCUCGUUUGUUAUAUCCUUGAGAGUUUCUGAGCUUGUUGGAUUUGACUCCAUAGAGCAGUAUCUGCCACAUAGAGUUGCAAUGCAAUUUGGAAUUGAUCAAGAUAUUCCAAGUUGUGUGCCUAGGUUCAAUAAGACUAAAGAGAUUGCUUGGAAAAACUACUGCAGGCCCAUACAUGAUAAACAUUUGUAUUUUCCAUCAAGAUUUUUGUGA